AUGUCCACCGCAGCGGCAGCGAAGAUAUGCCUGGUGUUCAAUGUAUCAUCAUCGCCACCGGCUCUUGCUCCAAAGCCCAAGCGGCCGAUAUCCAAGACGAGCGAGAUCCAUCCUGAAUCAGUUAUGCGAUCUCAGCGCCAGCACAGACUGCCAUUUCGACCACCUUCGGGCGAAAGCGCUUCCAAGCUCCACCGUACUAGCCAAAGCGCUGGCCUCUCAUCGCAUCGGGAGUCGAGUGAGAGCACCGGAUUCUUUUUCGACUACCUGAAAUACAACCAGGAUGACAUUGCUGAGCCACGGCAACCCUCUACACAUGAACAGUCACCACCAAAGGUUUCAGCUAAGCCGGUCUCGAUUAUACCAGGUGUCCUGACGCCUCGACCUAGUGAACACUUCCUCGAUUCAUCUCGAAGGAGCUCUGUAGCUGCAAAGCCAAAGACGACGCUGAAGGAAAAAAUCAAAGCUUGUGCGAAGUCAUUCACGACUCAAGUCACAGAGCUCGAGGAUGGCGACUUCCUAUCCAGACCACCUUCAGGCGCGCCCAAGGCCGUGAUUCCCGGACAAUGCAUCUAUUGUGGUAUCAUCAACGACGCGGAAUGCUUUUCCGGCCACAUCUCAGAAGUGCGAGUGCGUCGCAAACACCAAGGCACUGUUUUCGAGGAAUCUGACCUCCGCGAUCUUCAUGAUCUUUUCGAUUUUGAUGAGUUGCACCCCAUUACGACAGCAUACACGAGCGCUGGCGCAUGA